AGGCGCCAUUUUGCGCCGCCGCUGCAGGAGGGAAAUUGGUUGAUUGGAAGCAGUGCCAGGAGAAGGUCGGGGCUCAGCGCUCCUCACCCGGAUUCCUGCUUGUUCGGCCCGCCUGCCGCGCUAGGAACACGCCAUCAUGAGCGACGUAGAGGAGAAUAACUUCGAGGGGAGGGAGUCGCGCUCCCAGUCAAAAUCUCCAGCUGGGAGUCCUGCUCGUGUAAAAUCUGAGAGCAGGUCAGGAUCUCGUAGUCCAUCAAGAGCUUCUAAGCAUACUGAAUCACACUCUCGAUCAAGGUCAAAAUCUAGAUCUAGAUCAAGAAGGCAUUCUCACAGGCGUUACACUCGCUCUAGAUCUCAUUCGCAUAGGAGACGAUCACGAAGCAGGUCAUACACCCCAGAGUAUCGGCGUCGAAGAAGUCGCAGCCACUCUCCAAUGUCUAACCGAAGAAGGCACACUGGCAGCAGAGUAUGUAGUGCGAAUCCAGAUCCUAAUACAUGCCUUGGAGUGUUUGGCCUCAGUUUGUAUACUACUGAGAGGGAUCUUCGUGAAGUCUUCUCCCGCUAUGGACCUUUGAGUGGUGUCAACGUGGUGUAUGAUCAACGAACUGGGCGAUCAAGAGGAUUUGCUUUUGUUUACUUUGAAAGAAUAGAUGAUUCAAAAGAGGCAAUGGAACAUGCAAAUGGAAUGGAGCUGGAUGGUAGGAGGAUCCGGGUGGAUUAUUCAAUCACAAAGAGAGCCCACACGCCCACACCUGGCAUCUAUAUGGGCAGGCCAACCCAUAGCGGAGGUGGAGGUGGAGGAGGAGGAGGAGGAGGAGCUGGCCGUCGGCGUGAUUCCUACUACGACAGAGGAUAUGAUAGAGGAUAUGACAGAUAUGAAGAAUAUGAUUACCGUUACAGGAGGCGAUCACCUUCACCUUACUAUAGUCGUUACAGAUCACGGUCAAGAUCUCGCUCCUACAGUCCAAGACGCUAUUGAAGAAGAGAAGCUAGUUACAGUUGCAAAUACAAUUUUUAAACAGCAAGUUCUGACCUUAGCUUUUCCUAUAGAUUCCCUGCAGUUAUCCUAAACCCUAUUAAAAGAUCCUUGGUUCAUUUAGAAUAUAUGUAUUUUCAGUUGAAAUACCAAUUUCCACCUCUUCUUAUUGUAAUAGUCCAGGUGUAAUUGUUGUAGUUUCAUGUACUUAAAUAUCUUUAAGCAACAACUAAAUAGGAAUCCCAAAGUGGUAAAUCAAUUGUAAAUCAUUUUUCUUUUGUUUUUGUUUUUUUAAGCAAAUGGAUUUUUGUUGAACUUAAUGGGGAGUGAAGAAAGAACUGGUGUUUGUUAAAGCUUGCAUGUUGUAUUUCAGUAGAAAGCUACUAUUUUAAUAACCUGUUUAUCGUUCUGCCUGUUUUUUUCUGGGUUUUUUUUUAAAGUGUUGUUCUGUAUCUUCGGUUAUAACACAACUCAGUACAUACAUGGGUUUCAUUUAUUGCUUUCAAUGUAGUAAUUAAAACAAUACCAGAGGGAAUUCUGUGAAAAAAACACAAAUUCUUGCUUGCUACAAAUUCCAUCUCUAAACAUAGGUUUUCAUUCAUUGCUUUCAGUGUAGUAAUUAAAACAAUAUUGGAGGGAAUUCUGUGG